CAGCGACCAGACGUAAUUUCUUCCAUUCUUCGAUUUUCAUAUUAGCUUGAAUUUGUACAGGCAUAAUCUGGCACGAUGUCGCAGUGGGGCCAGCCGGGAUUUCAGUAUCCCAUGUCCACAGGCUAUCCAGGUCAACAGCAGCAACAGUUUCAGCCUGGCCAGAAUCCUCAAUUUCAGCAACAACCCAGUUUCCAGCCUGGAGGAAUAGCUAGUGGUGGUUUUCAGCCUGGUGGAAUUGCUCCACAGCCUACUGGGUUUCCAGGCGUACAACUGCAACAGCCUUACCAGCAGCCUCAACAGACAGGCUACCUGGGCCCGGGUCCCUCUAGACUGGGUGUCUUGCAAGCCCAGCCUACGGGUUUUCCAGGUGGGAGUAGCUUUGCGCAGCAGGCUCGUCCACAGCCUCCGCCUGUUCCGCCCAUUCCAAGCCAAUUCCAGCAGCCGCCUCAGUUACACCAACAGCCUGGGUUCGCAAAUCCACAGCGUUUCGGAGGUCCGUCUUCAGGAUUCGGUGGAAACCCAGGUCUUGUACCCCAGCCAACCGGGUUUGCGGGUCGUACUCCUGCGCCCUUGAUACCCCAAGUAACUGGCUUUGUAGAUCCACGGUUGCAAAUGAUGUCUAGCUCGUUCUUACCUGCCAAUAUAUCUGCACCAUAUGGUGCAGGAGGAAUUCCCCAGCUUGCUGCCCCUCCCCAGCAGCAGUUGGGUGGUCUAUCUUUGCAGCAGUCCUUCCAGCAACAUAAUCAGGCACGAGGCAUAGGGUCUGCACCCAAGAUCCCAUGGACGCUCUCCAAAGCCGAAAAGAAGCAAUAUGACCAGAUCUUCAGAUCCUGGGACGCCCAAGCACUGGUUUCAAUCAGCGGUCAGACCGCACUCGAGGUCUUUGGCCAGAAUCUUGAUACUUCUAAUGAUACACGCGCCCGCUCUCCAUUGGGUCUCGACACUCCUGUCUCGCGUCUCAAAGAACGUUCAUUCAAUUCUACAUCUGCACCAGGUGCUGGCGGGCGACAAGAUUGCUACACCCCCUGGCGGCACAUCGAUCGCAGCACUGUGCGCUCGCAUAUGUCUGAUAUAAAGCGUCAACUUGCCAACACGCAAAAGAUGCUCGAUGCAAGCGCAAUGGGCGAUCUGCGGUACCGUAUCAAGCGUCUGCAAGAAGAUCUGGACUACGUCUCCCGCGAGGAGGAACGUAGGAGGUUGGAGAGAGAGCUUGUGCAGCUCAUGCACGAGCGCAUCGAGGACCGCCAGGCGAGGAAAGAGAGGGAGAAUCGCGAGAGGAACGAGAGAUCUGGUCGGUUUGACGAUACAGAUGGCGGGCAUUCGCCUUCCUUGGGUUAUCGAGAUGAUGACCGUGAUAGACCUUAUUCUCGCAGUGCAUCGAGGGAUAGGUCGUACCGUGACCGCCAUGGUGACCGCGAUCCGCUCGCCUGCUUCAGGAAUGAAAAACAUGACACCCGAAGAGCGCAAAGCAUUUGUCCAAGUCCAAGCCAAGAACGUCUUGAAGAGCGUAUGCAAGCUCUAGGUCUUUCUACGCCAUCGUCGACUGUAUCACCUACCUUGGGUCUCACCGAGAAGAAGGAAGCGGAAGAGAAAGCCAAGGAAGCUGAGAGACAGGCUGAAGAGCGCGAGAGACUUAGGAGAGAACGACUUGAAGCGAGAAGGCUCUUAGGGAAGGCAAGGCGGCUCCUCAGCUUACGCCUACCGCGCCAACACCUACUACUACCCGCCCCACCUCCUGCCCCUGCACCCAAGAUUGCGUCACCAGCUCAGAAGCCCCGUGCACCAGCACCACCCCCACCAAGGAAGGGCUUUGCUCUUCGCCCAUCUGCAACUUUAUCUUCUUUGCCCUCGCCUCACCAACACCUAUGUAUAAUAAGAGGAGAGGCGCGUCGCGCUGAUGAAUUAUACCUGGCACGCCGAAAGCAGUUCUUGGCUAGUAAAUCUGCCGUGUCCCCCAUCACGCCUGCUACACCUACGUCUCCUGUCCCCCCCGCCGCAGCUUGCUUUCGUUCCUGCUCCGCCGCUGCCACCACCGCCUGCUCCUCCAGCAGAGCCCAAGUCUGGGCCCGAGGAAGUGGCGCCUACUAUUACUACUCCUCCCACCACCACCACCGCCCGCACCGCCUGAGGGGGGGAUCUACUGUUUCAACCCCUGCAGCAAGCAACGGUGGCAGCAACCCCUUCUUUCUCAACAAUUCUGCACCUCCACCUACUACACCCGCUCCCCCAAAAAGUCCUGGACCUUCGAGCAAAACGACCUACAACACGGCUGGAGGUGAUAGCGAAGAUGACUGGGAUAACUUAAUGGAAACGAAGAGAAUGAUAGGACACGCGUAUGGUUUGGCGCAGCAGCUGUUUGGGACCUUGUUGCCUACAAGGCCGCAAUCUGCUGGACCUGAGAAGUCUCGAAGUCCUGCACCUCUGCUGCCAGCUUCUGCACCUUCUGCACCUCCGCCACCACCCGCACCCGCUGCGCCCUCUCCACCAUCUGCACCCCCACCACCAUCAGUCAAUAUCGCACCCCCAGCUCCAACCGGUGAUCGCAGUGCCCUCUUGGACGCUAUCCAAGGAGGAGCAAAAUUGAGGAAGGCUGUUACUCAUGACCGUAGUGCUGCAGCAACCUCUGGCAAAGUCAUCGGCGAUGUUACUCCUCCCGUUCAUAUCAAUGCUGCACCCCGUCCGGCGUCGCCUCCCGCUGCCAUCGCCCCUGCAGCGUUUGUGCUUCCUUCACCCCAAGAAUCCAUCGCUGAGGCACCCCAGAUGAGCAGAGGGUCAACUUCAGGACACAGUAAGAAGGAAUCGGUUGACUGGUAUACUGGUCUUGCUGCUGACCAAGGCACUGUGCAUCACUUACCAACUACUAUUGAGGAGGAUGAGGAGCCGGCUGAGGAGAUAUCUGUGAUGCCAGAGAUUCAAGGGUCUGAGGCAACGAUUGAUAUGAUGGAUGAUGUUGAUAGAUCUACUGAGUUCCGUGUGUGGUCGCUUUACCCGUAUGAGGGACAGAGACCUGAUGAUCUUAGUUUUCUUGAGAACUUGAUCAUUACUGCUCAUCCUUCCAAGACAGGAGGCGCCUGGUGGUAUGGCACCGUCGUGAAGGAUGGCAAAUCUGGAUUCUUCCCACAAACAUAUGUGCAGAAGGUGGAACCAGUGAAAGCAACUGCGUUGUACUCAUACGCAGGGAAGAACGCAGAUGAGCUUCCCUUUGCCGAAGGCGACGAACUCUCCAUCAUAGAUAGAGGCGAAGCGGAUUGGUGGAAAGCUGAACGAGACGGAAUUGUCUUCAUCGUGCCGGCUGAUUACCUGGAGAUAGUAGAGGCCGCCGGAUCUCCACCCCUCCUGCGCGUGAUCCCGCAUGAGAAGCCGUCGACUAACAUUGACAGCGCCGAACGUCCUGAUAUAUCGGGAGCAGCAGCUGUCAGCGGAUCACCUGAUGAGGACGACCACGUUGACAGGUCUUCCGAUGAGGGCGAGGACUAUUUUUCGAUGGACGAAUCAGAUGACGAAUCAGAUGGGUCUGAAGACGGGACUAUUGAGGACGAACACGCUCGAGAACUUGAACGUCAACGAGUGUUGGAGGCGGCGGGUCUGAUUGUAGAUACGAGCUCGAGUGUGACAGCGCCGCCUAAUCCCCCAGUACAGAAGCGCCGCCAUCCACCCGUGACUCCUCAACGGGUUUCCAUAGCACCAGUGGCUUCGAAAAUUCUUCCGCCAUUGCCGACUGUUGACUUGACAGAUACUGAGCUCGAUUCGACGUCUCAUCUGGACGACGCUUUCGAUCGGUACGAGGUUUUCAAGAAGACGAAUGGGAACUUCAGCAAUAGGAUGUCUGUCUCAUCCUUUGAUACCUCUCCUUCGUCACCGCCGCGCUCGCCCGCUGUGUCUUUGGCGCCUAGUCUCACACAUCGAGAUUGGGAGAGUCGUACAUCGCAGUUUUUGAGCUUUUUGGGGAGACAUACAAAUAGGUCGAGUACGCCGGAACAAGAAAAGAAAACGUUGGUCAUAUCUGGUCCUAUCGUCAAUACGCCUGCUGGUGGUGAGACUGGAGAUGAGAGCCCUAGUUUUGGCACGUCAUGGGCGAGCUUAGUGGACAAGUCGGCACUUGAGGGUAUUCCUAAGAUGGAGCGGCGACGACAAGAGGCAAUUUUUGAACUUAUUUCUACCGAAGCAGAUUACGUUCGCGACCUGCAGCUCAUCGUUGAAUUGUUCUACUCCCGACUUAUGGGCACGCUCGGAGAGAAGGCGACCACUGUUAUAUUUGCCAACAUCGAAGACAUACUACUCACUAAUACUACAUUCCUUUCUGUUCUCGAAGAACGUCAGAAAGACUGUCGGCUCUAUAUCGACCACAUUGGCGAUGUUCUGGAGACUCACAUUCCUAACAUGCACCUUUAUCUGUCGUACUGCGUGAACCAGCACAAUGCUGCCAAGGUUCUUCAGUCCAUGAGAGACAGUAAUGCUGACCUUGCUACUCAACUUCAGCGCCUGCGUGAUGACCCUUCUGCUCGAAAUCUUGAUUUAUCACAUUAUCUCCUCGUACCCAUGCAACGCCUCACCCGAUACCCUCUCCUAAUCCGCCAAAUCCUUCAAUAUACGGAUCACUCCUCGACGACUGAUACCUCCAUCCAAACCGUAACUAACGGACAGCCUCCAGCAGUCUCCAUCCAGCUCCCAGGCGAUGACGAGGAACGAAAAAACAUCAGUACUGCUUUGAAAGCAGCACAGAAAAUUCUAGAGCAUGUGAACGAGACGAUAAGGGAGCAAGAAGGGAGGGAAAGGCUGGGUGAGAUUAGCAAGGAUCUGUGGAUUGGACAGGGUCACCUUGAUCUAACUGCUCCAACACGCCACCUGGGACCGCGAAAGCUUCUGAAGGAAGGGAUAAUAAGCAAAGCAAAAAGCGGACGCAAACUUCGUCUGUUCCUAUGCAGCGACAUUCUCGUGCUGACUCAUGAAGGAGGAAAGGGUUUAUAUCGUGUUCCCAUACCUCUCAACGAGGUGCAAAUAAAGGGGUCGAGAAACGAGCGAGAGGACUCUCUGCUUCGCCUGCACCUUACUUACCCGCGUGGUGGCGAUACCAUUGUUUUGCGAGCGAUUUCAACCAAAGAAGCUCUAUCGUGGAAGGAUGCAAUCGAGCGCGCUAGUCGAAGAGCCAAGGAUGGAGAGCGACGGGCUGUAAAAGCUCUGCGUGCAUCAUCAAAGACGGACCUACAACUUUAAUAUCUACACACAUUUAUUAGACUUCUCUGCUAUUGUUAUGAUCCCGUAUUAACUGACAUUCAGCUACCUAUUCCUAGACAGCAUCUUAUCAAUUCGAUCUCAUUGCUGUGACCACGGACGAUCAUGCGAUGCAUACGUAC